AUGAACAAUAUCAUCCAGGCGGCCCCCGUGCACUACCCCACAUCAUCAGCCUCGAGCCUCGAGGUCUUCCGUGCGCACCGCAACUACAGCCUGAACAGCGAUCACAGCCACCCGCCGGCGUAUGACGAGGAGCGUGCACCACCUCGUUAUGUUGAUCCACUGACAGAGGCCGCUCUCGAGGGUGACAGGGGGGAGGAUCGGAGGAAAAAGAGGAAGGCGCUCAGGGUUCGCUAUGCAAAAAUUGCGGGAAGCGCUCUGAUUGUGGUCUUGGUGACCUUGCUUAUUGCCGGGGUUGUGAGCAAGUUCCAGACUGUAAGGCAAGGACUGGGCCAGGACGAUACCAAGGACAAUGGCCGAGACGAGAAGGAUCUACCUACGAUGACUAUUACGACAAUGUCGACGGAAACUCCACUGCCAACUGAGACGGCUGUCCUCACUGAUCCGUUGGAACCUUGGGAUUCCUAUCGAGGCCCCAAAGGUGCGCUCGAUACAUUGAAGGAGGUCUUGAACCGGCCGAUGCAGCGAUGGAUGGAUGACGAUGACUUGAUGAACCUUGGCGAACGCUGUGCUCUUGAAGUCAGAAGAAAGAGACCAGGGAUCGAUUCAGCUGCUAUUGUCGCCGUACGGAGAGAGCCUAUGGAGGCAUUGUCGUGUCUAUCAUCGCGUGGGAGCGAGAACGGCUUCAAGACUCCCCUGAUGGAGCUGACGUCACGGAGGUCCGAUGGUGAUGCCAAGCGCAAGGAGCCGUCUGACGGAAACGGCGGCGAGAAGACUGAGUGGAAGAACCCCCGUCAGAGCGGCCACAAGCGCAGUCGCAUGGGCAAGAGCAAGAACUUGGGUCGCGCAGAGUAUGACAACAGUAGGCGCAGUCACAAGGACUACCACGACCGCAAACGCAUAAAGACGACCAAGGAUGGCGAAACGUUCGAGGAGGCUCCCAAGCCGAACCCCUUCUUCACCGAGGAAGAAAUCGCCGCCGAGUCGAAACGGCCCAAGAGGAAGGUCGCCGUCAUGGUGGGAUACUCUGGAUCCGGGUACAAGGGCAUGCAGAUCAAUGGCGACGAGCCGACCAUUGAGCGCGACCUGUUCCGCGCAUUCAUUCGUGCUGGGGCUAUCUCCAAGGCCAAUGCCAACGACCCACGGAAAUCAAGUCUUGUGCGCUGCGCCAGGACGGACAAGGGUGUCCACGCAGCGGGCAACGUGAUCUCCCUCAAGCUCAUUGUGGAGGACGACGACAUCAAGGAGAAAAUCAACUCGCAUCUUCCCGACCAAAUUCGCGUGUGGGGCAUCCAGAGGACAAACAAUGCAUUCAGCUGUUAUCAGGGCUGCGACUCGAGAUGGUAUGAGUACUUGCUGCCCAGCUCGUGUUUGCUGCCCCCACACCCCAAUACAUGGCUGGCCAAGGAAAUUGCGCGGUACGCUCAGGAGCGGGGCUACGAGGAGACUCUGGCCGAAUUGAACUCAGACGUCGCAAGCUUCUGGAGUGAUACCGAGGCCAACAACAUCAAGCCGGUUCUUGACAGCCUGGAUCCCCAGCUGAGGGUACAGGUCUUGGAACAUCUCCACAUUGACGAUGCGCUGGUCGAGAGCGACAAUGAGAAGGCCGAGAAGCACGAUGAAGAGGUCAAGGACAAGAAGCUCGAGCCGCAGACAGGUAUUGCUCUGCAGACCUUCUCCCCCAAGAAGAGGCAGCUUGGACCUUUGGACUUUGCCCUCAAGGACGUCAAGGCUGGCUACGUUGCAGCCAAGAGGCGGUACCGUGUCUCACAGGAGCGCAUGCAGCGUCUGCAGGACAUUCUGCACAAGUAUGUCGGCACACACAUCUUCCACAACUACACCGUUCAGAAGAAUGCGCAGGAUCCCAGCGCCAGGCGGCACAUCAAGUCCUUUGAGCUCAACCCGAAACCCAUCAUCAUUGGGAACACUGAGUGGCUGAGCCUCAAGGUCCACGGGCAGUCCUUUAUGAUGCACCAGAUUCGCAAAAUGGUCGGUCUGGCCACUCUCAUGGUUCGCUGCGGCACCCCGCUCGAGCGUGUGGAGGAGAGCUACAAGGCACAGAAAAUGGCGAUUCCCAAGGCCCCUGGACUGGGCCUGCUUCUCGAGCGACCAGUGUUCGAGGGGUACAACCGCAAAGCUGUCGAGAUUGAGCGCGAGACGAUUGAUUUCGGCAAGUACGAAGAGGAGCUGCUCGCGUUCAAGGAAAAGCAUAUAUACCAACGCAUUUUUGAGACAGAGGAGCAGGAGAACUUGUUCCAUGCGUUCUACAAUCAAAUCGAUCAGUUUAAGGCGAACCACUUCUUGUGGCUGACCGCUGGCGGUCUUGAUGUGGCGAAGCUAGUUGGCGUCGCGCAAGCCGACGUGGACAAGCAGUUGGAAGGCGACGGCGGGGACGAGGACGAGGACCCGGAGAACGGUGAGGGUUAG